AUGCAUCAGCACCCGCGGUCGCCGGCGGUACCCUCGUCGGCACCCAAGUUACCCGCCAAAUCUGCUCCCGCUCGAGAUGACCUCAAAGACUCAGACUCCGUGCCGACUUCCCCCACCACUGAUGGCCGGUAUCACCCCGCCAAGGGUCUGGGUAUCGAUUCAAGUGCGGAUCCGGUAUCAGAGCCGUCGGCGCGGGACUUUGGAGGUCCGGGCAAAGAAGCUAUGACAAAGUUGAAUCAAAUCAUCUCGAAUUACCACACAAAAGCGGCCCUCAUCAUCCUUCAUUCGCGUGUCGACCUCCCCCCUGCAUUUGCUAAGAAUUCAGAUACCCCAAAAGUGAAUCGUUGGUUCAAUGUCGAGUUAGAAGACACCGAUGUCCUUCGUGAACAGUUGUGGACAUGGAAGACCUGCGAUGCCUCCACGAAUAGACCCCCGCCGCUUAUCAUCGAAACGUAUUUGGACGCCUCGGCACUCACGAACAACCAAAGCCUGGUGAUCUUGGAUGAAAAUGGGAAGCGUUGGGAUGUACAAGACUCGAUUGCGGCGUCUCGUGGCGCCGGCUCGCAUGCAUAUCACCAAGGCACGGACGAGGUCAUUCUGGAACGGUGGAGGAUCGAGCUAGGAGAGGCUACUAGCAAGCCCACUGCCGAGCUGGGAUCCAUGCUGCCGACGGUGUACAAGAAGAGCAUCAUCCUCUUUCGGUCAUUGUACACAUACUCCAAGUUUUUGCCGGCUUGGAAGUUCUCACGGCGCAACACAAAGGUGCGGCGAAGUCCUGCAUUGCAGAUCAAGUACCGCAUACUUGAUCCGAAUACUGCUGCUCGGAGUGAUCAGUCAAGGGCAUCUCGAGAUCUUUUGACGCUACCCCUCCUCGAGGAAAGUGGGAAGACGGUGGACACGUACAGCUUCGGGGCCACCGAGUCUCCGGCAGGACCAUUCAGAGUGCAAGUCACAUACCGGUUGAACUGUGAAUUCCGUGUCGACGAUUCCGAGGCACUGUUGAGCUCGCGCUUUAUGGGUGCUGACGACGAUAUCUUCCGCCCCUCGUUGCCGUCAGAUGACGUCGGUCGUCUGAAUCCUGAGAUCGGAUCGGUGCCUGUAGAGCGAAAGACUGUGGAAAACCCGGAUUGUUCACGCGCAUACGGCAGUCUCUCUACCUUCCACCACGUUGGCCCGACGGGGACUAGCCCGAUUUCUGCUUUGCGUGCGGCCAGAGAUACCGGCAUUGGAUCUUCAUCCCCAUCUGAUGCGCACUCCAAGAGACUUCUGCCUGCUGCACGAAUCGCACCCCCAACUGGACGUGCCGCUCAACUUGCGAGUGAAAGUUUGUCAAGCUCCCAUCGUCGCCCCUCCAUCUCCUUCCAAGCUUUCAAGGCUCCUCCACUUUCCGCAUCUCCUUCUCUAGUGGAUACUCCUCUCGGUGUUUCACCUCGCACCAUAUCUGCUCGCCUUCCAACGGGCACUUCAGCAGAAUCCCGGGUGAUGCCACCUCCUUCCUCCGCAGCUUCUGCUCGCAAACCUGCUGCUCUUGCAUCUGAACAAGCCAUCUCAUCAUCUACUUCCGCUUCCCCCAAACCUGCACCUAUCUCCCGCUACAGCAGUUCCUUUAGUCAUCGACGCGGUCGACCAUCUUCUGCAGGCAUGGCUAAGAAUGAGGACGACAACUCGAGUGGCAAGGCCAGUGCGGCUUCGUCCAACGUGCAACCAGGCUCUGGCCUUCUUGCAGAAGUCACUGGGACGAGUGCCGAGUCCUUCCACGCGGACGAUGAAAAUAUCUCCGAGUUUUUGAAAAUGCUAGACUCGACAAAGGAUCUCAUGAACCGAAGCAACACCGCGUCGCUCCAGUCCGGUCAGCGAAAGCCCACUGCUACCUCAGCAGCCCUCGCGCGAUUCCAGCGCAUGCGAGAUUCCAAUGCGGCGCUGUCAGACUCCAUGUCAUCGUCUAUGCAUUUGCACCGCUCCUCCACAUCCUCGAGCAAGCAGCUUUCUGGCGUGCCGCCAAUGAUUUCUGGCACCUCUAUUUCAACCGCCUCAUCUCCUGGAAAGCCCAUCUCUCCACACACACCACACACACCACACACUCCCGCCAUCCGAUCUCGUCUGAGUUCGAACAGCGUUGCAGAUGAGGUCCCCACGGAGCACGACCGGCGAGGAACGCACCUAGAGCACGACUCGCCGCUGGAAGAGAAUCCUAGCCUCGAAAGUACACAGGCAGGUACCUCGACCGCGGGUGCGAUAGAUAUCCCAACCUCGCCACGGGUGUUCUCACCUGCAUAUCGGCGCUCAAGCUCCGCCGCCCAGCACCGCCGACCUCACUCCGGCGACGACGAGGAGAUCUUCAACCUCGUGAUCCGGAGCAUGAGCCUGGGAGCAGAGACACCCGGGCCGCUACAGCAGCGGCCGGCGUACGAGAAUCCCGACCCCGAAGCCUCGACGGGACGACGGCCAUCCGAGGACCCCUCCACCACGACCAGCGGCACAGCUACUCGCGGUCAGACUAUCACGGGUCCUUCGGCAGCCUCGUCCGCGUCCAACGUCUACCAGCCGCGCUUCGCCAGCUCUCGGGGUCGGGGAUUCUCUAGCGGCCACUCACUCAGCUCGGCGUCGAGUAGCCUUGCCCGCGGCGCCAACAUCCCGCCGCACCUGGUCGAACGCGACGACCACGACGGCAACGCCAGCGGCAGCAACAGCGGCAACUCGACGACCGAGGUCCGCCGCACCUCCAUCCACCGUCCCGGCACCAGUCGGGCCCCGCCCUCGCAAGCCGUCUACGAAGACGACGAGCCGCUGCUGUUCGCUAUGAGCGACUUUGGCGCCUCGCGGCGGAGUCUCGAGGAGACCCGCCACGGCAAUCACGGUGCGGAAUCCAGUGGGAGUUCGCGGCGAGGUAGCGGGCGCCGUGGAGCUGGGCUUCCCGGUGGUUGGUAG